AUGAAGUACACUGGAUCCUGCAUAGUUUGGCUUUGUAUGGCAGUCUUCCUCCUUCCUGUUUCUACGUCUCUGGCUGUCAGUGACCACACAGGUGCUGUGUGUCCUUUAAUGAAAACUGUUUCCCGUCAUCUCAAACAAAUCAACAGAGACAGUCGUGGUGUAUCAGGGUUUGAUCUGGCAGAAAGCUUUUCUUUAAGGCAAACAUCUUGUGGUGGGGAAAAGAUCUGCUUUAAACUGGGAAGUGCACCUCUCAUUAGAGAUACAAGGCAAGUAUUUCCAAAUGGGCUUCCUGAAGAAUACUCUCUGGUUGCUACAUUCCGUGUACGGCGAAAUACCAAGAAAGAGCGUUGGUAUAUAUGGCAAGUUUUAAAUCAGUAUGACACACCUGAGAUCUCUGUCCUCCUGGAUGGUACAAAAAAGGUGGUGGAGUAUAUGACCAAAUCCUUUCAGGGAAAUAUACUGCACUACACUUUUAAGAGUCGAGAAAUUUAUCCAUUGUUUGAUCGGCAGUGGCAUAAGCUUGGUAUUAGCGUGCAGUCAGGGAUCAUUUCCCUCUAUUUGGAUUGUAAUUUAAUUGAGAGAAAGCAGACUGAUGAAAAAUUCACCAUUGACUUGCAGGGAAGGACACUGAUUGCUUCUCGUGCUGCGGAUGAUAAGCCUGUAGAUAUUGAACUUCACCACAUAGCAGUUUAUUGUAAUUCACAACUUGCAGUAGAAGAUACAUGUUGUGAAAUAUCUGCAGACUUGUGCUCACAUGAGGAGAGGUUACUGGCUACGACUUCAUCACCAGUGACUGUUCAUGCCAGCAAAAUAUACACGCUUCCUGGGAUGCAGCAAGAAUCUACACAGAGAUGCUACUGCUUUCCAAAUAAAGGAGAAGCAGGAUUACCAGGAGUAGCUGGUUUGCCAGGCCACAAAGGAGAGAAAGGUGAAAAGGGAGAGAUGGGUGUGAAAGGACCAGACGGUGUUGCCGGGCUGCCGGGUGAAAAGGGAGAAAUUGCCUUAGUAGGUGCUCCUGGCAAACCGAGUUUUACUGGCUCCAAGGGUGAACGUGGCUUUCCAGGUAGUAAAGGUGAAGAAGGUGAAAAGGGUGAAAAAGGAGAUAAAGGAGAACCAGGACCAGAAGGCCUUCCUGGAGCAGAGGGACUAAAAGGUGACCCUGGUAGUCCUGGUGUGGCUGGUCCAAAAGGAGAAAAGGGAGAUGCAGGACCUCCAGGACCAGCUGCCUUGAGUGGUUUGCUGGAGGGUCCCCAAGGUCCACCUGGCAAAGAAGGUCAGAGGGGCAGACGAGGCAAACCAGGCCUUCCAGGAAAACCAGGGCCACCAGGACCUCCUGGCCCAUCUGGACUAAAAGGAAUCCUGGAUUCAUUGAACAAGCAUUAUAAUGAGAGUGACACAAGACUACUGGGAGUACUUGGGACCCCUGGACUUAAAGGCCAGAAAGGAGAUGUUGGUCAAAAAGGAGAAUUGGGAAUGACUGGUGCAAAAGGAGAAAAGGGAGAGCCUUCUGAAAAAGGGGAAAAAGGAGACCCAGGAGAGACUGGAAUGGAGGGAUCAAAAGGAAAUAAGGGUGAAAUGGGAGAUCCUGGACCACCUGGUCUUAUUGGAAAUCCAGGAUCAAAGGGACUGCAAGGCCCUCCAGGACCUGUUGGACCCAGAGGACUGCCAGGAGAAGCUGGCUUACCAGGAGAUCCUGGGGUACCAGGAAACCCAGGAAUUAAAGGAGACAAGGGUGACCCUGGUGGAAUUAUGGGACCACCUGGACAUCCAGGUCCAAAAGGUGAUAUGGGGCCUCCUGGACCAAGUCUGCCUGGAACACCAGGUCCCACUGGUGUUCCUGGAAACCCAGGUCCAAGGGGUCCAAAGGGAGAAAGAGGACUACCUGGUGUACAGGGAGCACCUGGGGAGAUGGGGCCCCCUGGAAUAGGCAUUCAGGGAUCACCAGGUCCUAUAGGUCCAGCUGGAUCAGCAGGUGUGCAGGGCCCUAGGGGACCUCCAGGAUUGCCAGGAGCUCCAGGUACCCCUGGUAUUAAUGGCAGCCCAGGAAGAGAUGGAAAGCCAGGACUACCAGGCCCUCCAGGUGAUCCUGUUGCACUUCCACUUGUGGGUGACAUGGGUGCUAUACUGAAGGGUGAUCCUGGCACAAGAGGUCCUCCAGGCAUUCCUGGCAGAGAAGGACCAAAAGGAAGCAAAGGUGAACGUGGAUUUCCUGGGCUUGUGGGGGAAAAGGGCGAUGAGGGUCUCCAAGGUGCUCCUGGACUGCCAGGUGUGUCAGGACCCAGUGGCCCAUCUGGAGUCCCAGGAAGACCUGGACAUCCUGGUCCAGCUGGAGCAAAAGGAGAAAAGGGUAGUGAAGGUUCUCCUGGGAAACCUGGACCACCUGGGCCUCCGGGUAUGCCUUACAAUGAAAGAAAUGGAAUGAGCAGCUUAUAUAAACUGCAGGGAGGAGUGAGUGUCGCGAGUUAUCCGGGUCCACCAGGACCUCCAGGUCCAAAAGGGGAUCCUGGAACAGCGGGUGACCCAGGACCAAUGGGAUUACCAGGACUGGAAGGACUCCCAGGGGAAAAGGGUGACCGUGGACCAGCUGGAGCACCAGGAGUGUCAGGGACACCAGGAAAGCCGGGAUCUCCUGGGUCCCCAGGCUUGCCAGGAGAACCUGGUGAAAGAGGACCUAUAGGAGAUAUAGGCUUCCCUGGUCCAGAAGGGCCACAAGGAAAACCAGGAAUCAAUGGAAAAGAUGGAUUGCCAGGUCCUCCGGGUGCUGUGGGGAGACCAGGAGACAGAGGACCCAAAGGAGAACGUGGAGAUCAGGGUAUUCCAGGGGACAGAGGUCCCCAGGGUGAACGAGGGAAGCCUGGCCCAUCAGGAGAAAAGGGGGAUGUGGGUCCUGCUGGCCCUCCAGGAGACAGAGGCUAUCCAGGAUCACCAGGUCAUCAAGGUCCCCCAGGAUCACCAGGACCCCCAGGGUUUCCAGCUGAUGCAAUUUCACUUGAAGAAAUAAAAAAAUAUAUCAAACAAGAGGUUCUUAAGGUAUUUGAAGAAAGGAUGGGUCAAUUUGUAUCCCAGCUGAAGCUGCCUGCUGCAAUGCUUGCCUCCCAAGCUCAUGGAAAACCAGGGCCCCCAGGAAAAGAUGGAUCACCAGGGCCACCAGGAAAGGAUGGUUUGCCAGGGCCACCAGGAGAGCGUGGAAUUCAAGGUUAUAGAGGACAGAAAGGGGAAAGAGGCGAGCCUGGAAUUGGACUGCCUGGUAACCCUGGACCACCUGGCCCUGCAGCUGCUGGCCUGCCAGGCCCACCAGGAGCAUCAGGCUCACCGGGACCGCAGGGGCCGCCAGGAGCCGCCGGGAGGUGCAACCCAGCGGAUUGCUACUACCACGUGUCACAGACUCGCUCACGCACCAGCAGGAAAUAA